UGUGAGAGUAGAAAGUUGGCAACUCUAGCCAGGAGAGAGGCCACAAGGUCAGGCCAUGGGUCCAAGCACCUGAGAGAGUCUCGCUCUUCUCUUCUUUGCUGGAGCUGCUCUUGGAUGUGUAAAGCAGGAACUCUGGAGGAGGUGAAAGAGGUUAUAUUACCCCUCUGUUUGGCACUGGUCAGACCUACUCUGGAACCUGGGAUACUAUUCUGGUCAUCCAUGUUCAAGAAAGAUGAAUUCAAACUGGAUCAGGGCAGAGAAGAGCUGCCAGGAUGAUCGGCAGCUUGGAAAGCUGAUCUGGAGCCUGGAGAACUGGGGUUGGUCAGCCUCGUCGAACACAGCUGGAGUGGGGCUCUGGUUGCUCUCUAUAAAUACAGCAAGGGGUGAACACCAGGGAGGUGAAGAGCUAGUGAAGCUGAAGGAUAAUGUUGGCACAAGAACAAAUGGGGAUAAACUGGCCAGGAAUCAAUCUAGGCUGGACAUUAGAAGGUUUCUAACGAUCAGAGGAAGGAGGUUCUGGAGCCGCCCAAUAGGAGCAGGAUGGGCAGAGAACCUAGCUGGCUUUAACAUGGAGCCUGAGAAAUGUAUGAAUGGGAUUAUAUGAUGUUUGAUUGCUGCUAUAGCAGGGGACUGGACUCAGUGACUCAGGACGUCCCUUCCGCUGCCAUGUCCCUAUGUUGCUUCCCUCAUGUAAGCUAGACACCAUGGGGAUGGACACGGGGAUUCCCCAGGAGCCUAGGGGAUUGAGGUGCCAGAUCCCGAGGGGAGCAAAGGAGUGCGUUCCUGUGGCUGUGUUGUGUGUUCGGACAAACAUGCAUGACUGGGGCCCUGGCUGGCUCUUGUGUUGCCUCAGCUUGUUCUCCCGACUCAGCCCAUAAGGGCUGGCAAGUGACUUAGUUCUGCUUACCAGGAAGCUGGGGUUUUAUUUAAUCUGAUCCAUUCUCCAGUGUCAUUCUGCAGGGGUAUAAAGCAACCAGUCAUUUCAUCUCUAAGGGACGGGCUCCAGCUGGAUUCAUCUCUCGGCCCUGGAAGGCAACGGUGCCAACCUUCCCGAUUGUAUUGGGAGUCUCAUGAUAGUUGGUCCUUUGCUGGAAGCCCAAGCACCUGGAAUUAGGAGAUACCCCCAGCUUCCCUUCUUGUUAUAAGCUCUAACCUGACCAGAAUCCCCUUUCCCACCACCUCGGCCUUGGUAUUUCCUUCUUCCUGCCAUAACUGGUGCCCAGGACCGUUACCAUGGAGAAUGAGCAGCUGCAGGUUCCACCUCCCUCCAGCAGCACCAGCAGCACCAGCACUGCCAGCAGCAGCAGCAGCAGUAAUGGGCGCCAGCCGGGACCCCAGAUCUCUGUGUACAGCGGGAUCCCAGACCGCCAGACCGUCCAGGUGAUCCAGCAGGCCCUGCACCGGCAGCCCAGCACCGCGGCGCAGUACCUGCAGCAGAUGUACGCGGCACAGCAGCAGCACCUCAUGCUGCAGACGGCUGCCCUGCAGCAGCAGCACCUCAGCAGCGCCCAGCUCCAGAGCCUGGCGGCCGUGCAACAGGCGAGUCUGGCUGCUAACAGGCAGGGCGGCUCCUCCGGCAGCAAUGCUCCCCCCCCGACACCAUCCCAGCAGCCCACGAUAAACCUGGCCACAUCCCCUGCUGCCGCCCAGCUGAUCAACCGAGCUCAGAGCGUGAACUCUGCAGCCGCCUCAGGCAUCACCCAGCAGGCUGUGCUCCUGGGGAAUGCCACCUCCCCUGCCCUGACGGCCAGCCAGGCCCAGAUGUACCUCCGGGCCCAGAUGCUGGAAGUGAGCGGGGGCCGAAUGCAGAGGGGGAGGGGCCCCCAGCGUUGGCUCCAGAGCCCCUCCCGGGCCUCCCCGAUACCCCAGCAGGAGCUGCUGUUGCCCCGGGGCACCCCCGCUCGGGCCCAGCAAAGUAACCUUGUGCAAGUAGCUAGGAGCCUAGGCCGUGCUGUUCCUUUAUCCCCCCAGCUCAUCUUCACUCCUACGGCCACAGUCACCGCGGUGCAGCCCGAGGGCAGCGCAGCCCCCACCUCCCAGCCAUCCACCACCACUGCUCAGGUCCAGAAUUUGGCCAUAAGAGCCCAGCAGACAGUAGCACAAGGAGUGGCUUCCUCCCAAGCCCAGCAGCUCCCCACCCUGGCCAUGAAGCCAGCUCCAAGCAGCAGCCAGCCAGCCUCCAACACUUCUCAGGGCAAGGCCGUGGGGCCAGCUCCCUCUAUGGGCAUCAAGGGCAGCCAGGCUGAGCAGGCAGCAGAGCACCUUAAAAAGGGAGACGGCGGCGUGCCCACCAGCAUGGACAGCAGAGGGCACCCCAUGAGCCGGACGGUGACCCCGGUGACUACCCACCCACUCAUCGCCCCAGCGUACGCCCAGCUGCAGCCCCACCAGCUCAUUCAGCAGCAGAAGCAGAUCCAGCACCAGUUUGUGAUCCAGCAGCAACAGCUCCAGCCCAGGCCUCAACCUCAGCUCAUCCAGGGCGGUGCCAACACCUCACCCCAGCUGCAGCCACUGCCCACGCCCACGCCCAGCCUGGCGGUGCAGCCCAGCCCGCAGGUGCAGGGCCAGAGCCACCCCACCCCACAAGGCCCAGCCCUCCUGUCCCACCCACCGCAGUGCCAAGCUUCCAGUCAACACAAACCUAGUGCUAACCAGCCAUACCAGCCCACUCUACAUGCCCCUGGGCUCCAAGCCGUGGGCCCGGCCCCACCAGCACCUGAGGGCGGGCCUCAGAACGGACACCCCGGGUGCCUGAACCAUGCCACGCAGCGCAAGUUCCAGCAUGCCUCAGCCGUGAUCCUGCAGCUCCAGCCAGCCAUCGGGACGCCUCAGCUCAGCAUCCAGGAGAAUGCCAGGAAAGACGUCCUUCCUGCUGAUAAGAACCCGGAAAGCCUGCCAGCUCAGCAGCCGCAGCCGCCACAGGCUGCCCUGAUGCCCCCAGCUGCGCCCCCGGACCCAGAGGUCUCUGAGGGCAACAGGCCCCCUACUCAUGAGCCGGGACAGGACCGUGUUCAUGUGCAGAACGACCCCAGCAGCCCCGGCAUGACAUCAGGGAACGGAAACUCUGCCUCUACUGUCGCUGGCGCUGCCCCCCAGAAUGGUGAGAAUAAACCACCACAGGCCAUUGUGAAACCCCAAGUCCUGACGCAUGUUAUCGAAGGGUUUGUGAUCCAGGAGGGGGCAGAGCCGUUCCCGGUGGGGCGCUCUUCACUGCUCGUGGGGAAUCUCAAGAAGAAGUAUGCCCAGGGCCUCUUGGCCGAGAAACUCCCACAGCAGGACAAUACAACCACCACUGACUCUGAAAUGGAGGAGCCCUAUCUGCAAGAAUCCAAAGAGGAGGGGAACCCCCCGAAGCUGAAGUGUGAGCUCUGUGGCCGCGUUGACUUCGCCUACAAGUUCAAGAGGUCCAAACGCUUCUGUUCCAUGGCCUGUGCCAAGAGGUACAAUGUGGGGUGCACGAAGCGGGUGGGGCUCUUCCACCCUGACCGCAGCAAGCUCCAGAAACCGGGGGCGGCCACGCACGGGCGCCGCCGCACCUGCAAGGGAGCCUUACCCGUCCUCAGCAAGGACACCAAGAAACAGACGCCGGUGUCCCUUUCCACGGGCUCGGUGCCACUCUCCGUCACAGCCUCGCUCCAGCUCAACCGCAGCCAGGAGGAUUCCAGCCGCUGCUCCGAUAACUCGAGCUAUGAGGAGCCGCUGUCUCCCCUCUCGGCCAGCUCGUCCACCUCACGCCGGCGGCAGGGUGAGCGUGACCUGGAGCUGCCCGACAUGCACAUGCGGGACCUGGUGGGCAUUGGGCACCACUUCCUGCCCAGCGAGCCCACCAAGUGGAAUGUGGAGGAUGUCUAUGAAUUCAUCCGCUCCUUGCCAGGGUGCCAGGAGAUCGCGGAGGAGUUCCGUGCCCAGGAGAUCGAUGGGCAGGCCCUGCUGCUGCUGAAGGAGGAUCACCUCAUGAGUGCCAUGAACAUCAAGCUGGGCCCAGCGCUGAAGAUCUAUGCCCGCAUCAGCAUGCUCAAGGACUCCUAGAGGCGCCCGCAUGCGUGGCACAGGCAGCCCACCUGGACACUCCCACGCAGGGCAGAGGCACCUGCCUACACAAGCCCUUGGGCAACAGGCUGUAGCUGUCGCUAGGAGCUGGGGGGAUGACACUGGGCCCAUGAGCUCCCUGUGGCCUGGAGCACAAAGGGCCCCUGAAUCCCCCAGCUGGGGUCUGGAUACCUGUCUUCCCACCUCCUGGCUGGGUGGAGGCUAGGGCUUGCGGGGCUGUACAUAUACUGUAGCAUUAGCUUCCCCUCCUGCGGUCCCAGCCUGCCGUGCGGCGCACAGGGGAGAGGGGAUCGCGGCUGCAGGGCAGGCUGGGGCUGGGCAGGGGCAGUGGCCCCCAUGGCCAGGUGCUGGCUGGCAGUAGGCAGGGCUGGUCUGAUUCCCCGCUACCCACCUGACUGAGACCCACAGGAGCCCCCCUCCCCCCAAGAACUGCAGACUUGCCAUGUGCUGGACCCAACCCCCGACUCUCAAUGCCAAACAGGAUGGUUGCCUUAAAGUUGUGUGUGGUUGUGGUGCCAGGCACUGCCCCCACCCCCAGCAGGCAACCAGGUCCUGGGCCCCCGUGUAUGCCCCCAGCGUGUCAUGUGGCUCAGACUGUUAAUGUGGAAGCCAGUGGGUGCCACUGGGGCUGGCUCCUGAGCAGUGGGGGCCCUGCUCCUGGGACAGUACAGUGGGGAGCAGGCUCCUGGCUGGCUGCAGGGGGAGGUGCCCAGUGCCCUUUGGCAGGGGGCUGCAUUGCAGCAGGGCCUGCUGUGUUCCCUGGGCACGGGCACUGCUGGCCCCAGUGGCCCAAGAGCAUCCGUCCCUGGGCUGUGGAGGGGGUGUGGCCUGUCCCUCCAGGCCCCUGGGGCCUGUGUAGCUGGCUAAUGUCAGCAGAGCAGUCACCCCCCCAAGCCAGUGUGGGGAUCUGCACAGGCCUCCCUGGGGCUUCCCCUAGCGCCUGUCCUCAGGCUGCCAUAAUACGGCCGAAGCUGCCUGUAUGCAGCGGGGUGGGGGCUCCAAGCCCCACUGAGAAUCAUUCCUCUCUUGAGCUGGGGAGAUACAGCUCCAUCCUCGCCUCUGUACUGCAGCGCUGCAGGCUGCAAGCGUCCCCCAGCGGGUAGGGAGCUGCUCCUGGCUCUAGACUGAGGGAAGCUGGUGUGGGGCUGGGCUGGGAAGGUCUUUUUAAAACCCUUUUUUUCCCUGUUGUUUUUAAUAAACGUUACAAAAAACUCCA